UUCAGUUAUCGCAAUCAAUUCCAAGUUACCUAUAACCAUUGCAAUCCCGCUUUUCUUUGCUGAAUUAUCCUACUCCCUAAUCAAUUGUCCGCCUUUUCAAAUCAUGCUCCUCAUUUGCCGGCUUACCUGCGAUUAGCACUUGCAUCGAUCUUAUUCCUCAAAAUAGUUCAAAUUGAGCUUAAGUAAGACGAUGCUCGGGCUUACGAGUAUCGUGCCUCUGUCGCUACUCUACCAUGGCUCUUUCACAUAGUCGCCAGUCUUCGACCUCUUCCGAUAUUUCUGAUGAAUUUUCCGCCCCGGAGUCUAUCCCUGAAUCUAUCCCUGAGUCCACAACUCACCGCUCCGUGGCUCCGCCUGCCAUGCUCCCUUCUCAAGUCCUGGCUAUGGAACGCGAUAGGUAUUCCGACGAAGAUAUUGGUAUUCUGUGGGAAAUCGUGACCAAGGCUGAAGAGAUCUUAUCCGAGCUCACGCCUUCUUCUCGUCUACCAACUCACGCUUUAUUUAAAGCUUAUGAUGAGAUUCUUCCAAGGCAUAACCUCGACCCGGACGAAGACCAGCUUAUCAGUAAGCUUGUCUUCCGGGUUGGAGGUGUCAAAAAGCCGAUUUCGCUUAAAGAGAAGUUCAAGGUAGUCAUGUCGCAGAUGGAAAUUACUGUUCAAAUGGAUGGUUCUUCGGCGCAUGAGAGCGAUGCCGGAGAAGUUCACAUUGAUCCUGCUUCUGAUAAAUCUCUCGGUUUUAUCAAUGGUGAUUAUAUAGGCAACGAUUACACUAUCCUAGAGGACGACAAUAAUCGACAUCUGCAUAACGCAAACAACCAGGCUAACCUCUCUGUGAUCGAACAACACCUCGAAAAUAGCGCAAUUUCUUUUCGUAAGAAAUACCAGAAUAAAUUCUCUGCUACGAGCGCUCUUCGGCAAUGGCAGAAGAAGUCAGAAUUCAUUGCCAACAUUUGCGGUCAGUUCGAUGCUGCUCGGCAGGCUGACUUGGAAGAAGAUGUUGGGACGAAGUUCGAAAUUUGGAGAACUAUCGCUGCUGAAGUGGACAACGUACCACCUCAAUAUCUGCCCCCUAAUGUAUAUUCAAAGAGGAUCGAGGGGAUCGCCGUUCGGGCCCAUGACAUCCACGUUACUAGAACUACACUGAGAUGUUGGCGGCAAAGUGCGAAAGAGGAAGGUAGUAGGGUCCGGAAAAUCGAGGACUCAUCAGACCCCUUGGAACGUGUCGCGGCAAAGGCGCAUAAAUAUAUGAUGCUGUCCCGCGCCUUUGCGAAUUGGUACAACCGCUGGGAGGAAGAGUCGGAGAAGGCACAGAUGGCCGCUAAGGUCUAUGAAAUGAGCCUAAAAUCUAAAGCAUUCGGUCUGCGCCAGCGUCCGGGCGACGACAUUCACAACAACGGUGCUCAUGAUGCCCACUUCGAUGCUUCUCCUUCUGCUAACCCUGGCAAUUUCGAAACCGCGCCUGAAAUUCCUCCGGUUGGCGAUAAUGUUGGGUUUAAUGUUGCUGUUGAGCCUUCUGGUUUAUCAAGUACUGCAGUUGGGACUCAUGAGAAGGGAUUUUCCGAGGCUUCUACAAGAAUUUCAUCUCACAAAAAUGAUCUGGUUGAGAUAAUGGAUGAAAUGGAUGAAACCACACUACUUGCGCGAAGGCAUAUUCUCCGCAUGCGCUACUAUGAUGCCUGGGAGAAAUACACAGCGGAAAAUGUACAGAGGGCCAGAAAUUUUCGUGCGGAACAGCAAGACGGUCAAGUGGCGCAUGCCAUCCCUCUAUGGCGUUCCCAAGCUAAAAAGGCUUCUCUGGAGCAGGAAACGAUGCAAUACAAUGCUAAAAGGGCCAGCUACUACAACAAGACUGUAAAAGCUCUCGACACAUGGAGACAAGAGAGCCAAGAAAAAAUGCACGGACACGAUGAGAUACUUGAGGACUAUGCUACACGAGCCAAUUUCUACUAUAAAGCUACAAGAAUACUACCUACCUGGCAGAAUGCAGCUGAACAAGCUGCCCAACAGCAAGGGAUUCUUGAGCUUUAUGCGAAUCGAGCUGAAUAUUUUUCUAAGGCUACAAAUUCGCUUCCCCUUUGGAGAACACAGACGCAGCAUAUUGACCACGAGGAGAAGAAAUUGGCGACCUAUGCUCGGCGAGCCGAUUACUAUUAUAAAACUCGAGGUGCCUUGUUGGCAUGGCAUGAUAUUUCCAAACAAACGCGCAAACGGAGGUUGAAAGAAGCACAUCUGGAAACCCGUCGUAUUGUGAAGAAAGGCAUGGGGGAACGAUGUAUUGCACAAUGGCGCGAAAAACUACAGCCGAGCUCCGAACGGCUUGAAGUGAUGGAUAUACUCCUAGAAGAUGUCAUUACGGACCAAGAAUCGAAACAACUUGUGGGAGCACUCGGAACGUGGCGUGAGAAGGCACAGCAGAAGGAGGAAAUGGAGUUGAUGAGCGAUGCAAUGGUCGAGGGGAAAUUUUUACAACAGUGGAGGGAUCAAUCAGUAUAUCAUCAAGAGCUGGAAGUUGAAGCUAAGGAACAUUGGAAAGAGAAGACGAUGUCUCGUACGCUGAAAAAUUGGAACCUUAGUUCCCUCCAAGUUCAGAAUCGACCACUCAUAGUGGCAAACGCGCUAGAAAAGAAGGACAGGAGACUGGUGCGAAAUGGGUUUGAGAACUGGUACAGCCGAACAGCAGACAAGCUUGUUCCUAUCGAGCUCGAGGAUGGAAGCUACAAGAGUGUGGAGCAAGUGGUAGAAGAUGCUCAACAUCAGGCCUCUCUAAACCAUGCGCGGGGUUUGUUGGAUAACUGGAAAGCCGCAGUGAAGGGUGGGAAUGAUAAUAUUCAACAAGAGACGUACACUCCCACCCCAGGAAGGCCGCGUCUCUUCCUAGGAGGCCUGAGUCUGCGGGAGACGACAACACCAUUAGCACCCGUACCGGGUCGGAAUUGGCGAGCUAGCGAAACGGCAGUGAGGGGGUCGGCAAUCGCAGGUAGAGCUAGUCGUUCCAGUCGCGCCGCGAGGAACCUUAGGGUUUCAUGGGCGCAAUAAUUGGGCUAGUCCAGUUGAUAAUAUAAUCGACGCUAUGGGUAUGGGGUUUGUCUUGUUUGGAAGUAUGAUGGAAUCUUACAUGGAAUAGGCGCAAAUGGCAUUUUUACAUAGUGAUACCCCUGGAUCUGCUGGUUCGAAAGAUUCAAAGAUACUUGUAAUAGAAUAUAUGGACUUUUGGGCCAUGUUAUUAUAUUAGUGUUACAUAGGUAGGCGCACAGUUAUCCUUAUUUAUUAG